UUGAGAUUGGUCUGCUGAAAUGCUCGUUUCGGCUAUUCUAACAUCAGUGGGGAUAAACUCUGCUCUAUGUGUUAUAUUCCUGGUACUGUAUUCUAUAUUGAAGAAACAACCAAGUUAUUAUGAAGUUUUUGUACCGCGCUUGCUCGCGGAAGGGAGUUCUAAACAGGGAAGCCGUUUCAAUCUUGAAAGGCUAUUACCAUCUGCUGGUUGGUUGUCAAAGGCAUGGAAGCUAUCUGAAGAGGAAAUGCUAUCUUCUUCUGGCUUGGAUGCUGUGGUGUACAUGCGAAUGAUAACUUUCUGUUUGAAAGUGUUUUCAUUCACUGGGAUAAUAGGAAUACUUAUUCUUCUCCCAGUGAACUGUUCGGGGACUGAGCUUCACCAAAUUGAUUUUGCUGAUUUGUAUACUAGCUCACUGGACGUAUUUACCAUUUCAAAUGUAAAUAGUGGCUCAAAGUUGUUAUGGAUUCACUUCUCUGCUGUAUAUGUUGUCACUAUUUUCAUAUGCUAUCUACUGUAUCAUGAAUAUAACUAUAUCUCUUCAAAAAGGAUCGCAUAUUUUUAUUCAGCCAAACCUCAGCCACAUCAGUUCACUAUUUUAGUUCGCAAUAUCCCUGUCUCAGUUGGAAGCAGUGUCAGUGACAGUGUUGAGAGCUUCUUUACAGAGUAUCACCCUACCACAUAUCUUUCACAUACAGUUCUUCGUCGAACUAGCAAAGUUCAGAGCCUCAUUAAAGAUGCAAACAAAUUGUACAAGAGGCUUCUUCACUUGCAAUUAGAACCAUCUGAACAGAAGUACAAGCGAGUUGGAUUGUGUGGACAUAAGGUUGAUCUUUUGGAUCAUUAUGGGAAGAGGUUAGAUGACUUAGAGCAGAAUGUGAGAUUGAAGCAAUCAGAGGCGUUAUUGGCAGAGGAUACUCAUGCUGCCUUUGUGUCAUUCAAGUCGCGGUAUGGUGCUUCCACUGUUUUCCAUCUGCAACAAUCAAUCAACCCCACACAUUGGCUCACAGAAGAAGCUCCUGCACCUGAUGAUGUCUACUGGCCUUUUCUUUCAUCAUCAUUCAUGCGAAGAUGGAUUUCUAAGCUUGUGGUUGUAGUUGCAUGUAUUCUUCUUACAAUUUUGUUCCUUAUUCCUGUGUUAGUUGUACAAGGUCUCACUAACCUGAAUCAGCUGGAAGUUUGGUUUCCAUUCCUGAAAAGCAUUCUAGACAUAUCAUUUGUCAGUCAAGUGAUUACAGGAUAUCUUCCUAGUCUGAUUCUUCAGUUGUUCCUGAAGGCCGUGGCCCCAAUCAUGGUGUUCCUUUCCUCCAUUCAAGGAUACAUUUCUCAUAGCAUGAUAGAAAAGAGUGCAUGUAAGAAAGUACUCUGGUUCACAAUAUGGAACAUCUUCUUCGCCACUGCAUUUUCUGGGUCCAUAUUUUAUCAGUUUUCCAUCUUUCUUGACCCCAAGAAUAUUCCUGCAAAGUUGGCUGUUGCUGUUCCAGCUCAGGCGUCAUUUUUCAUUGCUUAUGUUGUCACUUCUGGAUGGACGAGCACUACAUCAGAACUUGCUCGCAUAUUCCCUCUAAUUUCCCAUCUAACAACAAAGUGUUGUGCUAAAAGUACGGAUGAAGGAAUUGAAGUUCCAUCUAUUCCUUAUCACAAGGACAUUCCGAGGAUUCUUUUCUUUGGACUUCUUGGCAUUACGUAUUUCUUCCUAGCUCCGAUCAUUCUGCCCUUCCUUCUGGUGUAUCUCUGUCUCGCUUACAUCAUCUUCCGUAACCAGUUCAUAAAUGUAUACGCUCCCAAGUAUGAAACUGCGGGGAAAUUUUGGCCUAUCGCUCACAAUUCGAUGGUAUUUUCCCUGGUACUCAUGCAUGCAAUUGCAGUGGGAAUUUUUACUCUGAAGAAGCUCCCUCUUGCAUCAACCUUAAUUAUUCCUCUUCCAGUUCUGACGCUUCUGUUUAAUGAGUACUGCCGGAAAUGCUUCCUUCCAAUUUUUAUCGCUUAUCCUGCUGAGGUGUUGAUAAAGAAGGACAUGGAAGAUCAAAAUGAUGCUACAAUGUCUGAGUUCUUUGAUAAAUUGGUCACCGCCUAUCGGGACCCAGCUCUAAUGCCGCUUCAGUACUCUGCAGACACUGACAGCCUUAACAGACCGCUUAUAUCAUCUGCUGGAGUUUGAAUGUGAGGAACGAUUGUGUUGACGUUGUGUUGGCUCUUGAACUGAAUAGCAAUGGUGGUUGCUGUUAUCAACUACCGUUUCAAGAUGUUAUAUUUGAUUUCUCUUUCAUUUCGAGGACACUAGAAAGUGCCCUUGAAAAUCACGUUCUAUGCACGCGUGUUGUACAUGCUAGUCUGCACGUGCUUGUAUUGGUGCCUGCACAUACUUUCAAUGUUCUUGCUUAGGCAUCCUGAAUACUUGUUUCAGCUGACUAUAUUUUUCAUCAAAAUAUGCAAGUGUUUUUUUUAUCC